AUGACGGUGCUCUACCAAGGACCGCGGCUCUUAGACUUUGCAAGGACCCCUCAUCACCUGCAGUUCAACAAGUACGUCCUGACAGGUUACCGGCCCGUGUCCACAGCACAGGAGUGCCUCGGGAGCCUGUUCUACGUGCACAAUGAGCUGGGGAACAUUUACACGCACGGCAUCCCAUUCCUGCUGUUCUUGGUGCUGCUGCCUUACAGUAUCCCCUGGAUGGAGGUGGACAGCACGUGGAUCUGUGUGGUCCACUACCUGGCCUGCCUCUGCCCCACCGUCGGCUCAGUCCUCUACCACCUGUUCAUGAACCACCGAGGGGGGCGGCACGUGUACGACACGCUGCUCUCCCUCGACAUGUUCGGGGUCUGCCUAGUUAACACACUGGGGGCUCUUCCCAUCAUAUACGUCACCCUCCUCUGCUACCCCACCCUGCAGCGGACCGCCCUGCUGGUCUACAUCGUCCUCUCAGCGUAUGGGAUCUACUGCGCCACCACAGCCCACACCAACGUCCUGCGACUGAGAUCUUUCGUUUGGCAGGCGUUGUUCCGCUUCGUCCUCUUCCUGUUCCGGGUGUACGGGAACGGGGUGGGCAGUCCCAACUCCAUGCGCCUCUUCGUCAUCAUGGACGCUCUAGCUGUACUGGGAGGACUGGUGAACAUCAUCCAGAUCCCCGAGCGCUUCAGCCCGGGCCUGUUUGAUAACUGGGGCAACAGCCACCAGAUAAUGCACGUCAUGGUCAUCUGCUCAAUCAUCUACCUGCACUGGGGCACGAUGGAGGAUUUAGCUUGGAUUAAGAGCUUCCAGUGUCCGGAGUGAUGCCAACUGCAGCCAGUUCACAUGCAAAGCAACACUGGCGUCUUUAAAAAUGCACUUUAGUUUUAGUUGAUUAGAAGUUUUCCACAUUU